AUGAGGCGGCCCUCUGGGAAUGGAGAGGCAGCCGGCGAGGGUCCAGGUGGCUGCGGCCAGUGGGGAGCCCAGGAGCGCAGGCGGCUGUGUUGUGCUGGGCCCGACUGCUGUGGGCAGGCCUUGCUACAGAUUGGAAUCAACAUGAUGGCAUUGCCUGGGGGCCGCCAGCUGGACUCCCUCCCCCUGCCAGGGCAGCGGCUGCACCUGAUGCAGGUGGACUCAGUUCAGCGCUGGAUGGAGGACCUGAAGCUCAUGACCGAGUGCGAGUGCAUGUGCGUCUUACAGGCGAAGCCCAUUAGCCUGGAGGAGGACACACAAGGUGACCUCAUCCUGGCAGGUGGUCCCAGCCCUGGAGACCCCCUGCAGUUGCUGCUCAAGAGGGGCUGGGUCAUCAGCACUGAACUGCGCAGAAUCGGGCAGAAGCUGGCCCAGGACCGCUGGGCUCGUGUGCACAGCAUGAGUGUGCGUCUCACCUGCCAUGCCCGCUCCAUGGUCAGCGAGUAUACUGCUGCCAGCAGGAGCUCCUCACAGGAAAUGGGCCAGGUUGAGAAGCUGCUGAUGGAGAAGUGCUCAGAACUCUCAGCAGUCACGGAGAGGUGCCUCAAAGUGGAGAAUGAACAAGUCCUGAGGUCAAUGAAGGCUUGUGUGAGUGAGACCCUGAGCACACUGGGGCAGCACUUUGGCCAGCUUCUGGAGUUGGCCCUGACUCGAGAGGUGCAGGCACUGGUGAGAAAAAUUGAUGCCUCAGACAAUAUCUAUGCCAUGGAGACCAGCACAGGGAACCUGUUCAGCCUGACCCAAGAGGGGGCUCCCUUGUGCCGCAUCAUAGCCAAGGAAGGUGGCGUGGUAGCCCUGUUCAAGGUCUGCAGACAAGACAAUCUCCGGUGCUUGUACCCCCAGGCACUCCGCACGCUGGCUUCCAUCUGCUGUGUGGAAGAGGGUGUCCAUCAGCUGGAGAAGGUGGAUGGCGUUUUGUGCUUGGCUGACAUCCUGACAGACGACAGCCACUCGGAGGCUACGCGGGCUGAGGCUGCUGCUGUGGUGGCCCAGGUCACCUCCCCACACCUGCCCUUCACCCAGCACCUCAGUAGCUUCCUGGAGAGCAUGGAGGAGAUCGUGACGGCCCUCGUCAAACUGUGCCAAGAGGCCUCUUCUGGGGAAGUCUUCCUGCUGGCCUCUGCGGCCCUUGCCAACAUCACCUUCUUUGACACCAUGGCCUGUGAGAUGCUCUUACAGCUGAAUGCCAUCCGCGUCCUCCUGGAAGCCUGCAGCGACAAGCAGAGAGUGGAUACACCUUAUACUCGGGACCAGAUUGUGACCAUCUUGGCCAAUAUGUCCGUCCUUGAGCAGUGUGCCUCCGACAUCAUCCAGGAGAAUGGGGUUCAGCUCAUCAUGGGCAUGCUGUCUGAAAAGCCAAGGUCUGGGACCCCUGCCGAGGUAGCGGCCUGUGAGCGAGUGCAGCAGAAAGCAGCAGUGACCCUGGCCCGGCUCAGCAGAGAUCCAGAUGUGGCCCGGGAGGCUGUGCGUCUCAACUGCAUGUCCCGUCUCAUCGAGCUCUGCAGAUCCCCAUCAGAGAGGAAUAGCAGUGAUGCCGUGCUGGUGGCCUGCCUGGCUGCUCUGCGUCAGUUGGCUGGGGUCUGCCCUGAAGGCCUGCAGGACUCUGACUUCCAGCAGCUAGUGCAGCCCCGACUUGUGGAUUCCUUCUUACUCUGCAGCAACAUGGAGGAGAGUUUCGUGUAGCGA